GAGAUAACAGAUCAGCCCAUACUGAGUGGAGUUGGAGGGAUCUGUGAUCAAUUGUUUCCCUGGAACUCUUGGAAGCAACGCGGGUGGCUUCAGGCAGCCUUGGUGGUUGUGUCGCUACAUGUCCGGGCAUUAGAACGUUUGAUUCCUGGCUUCAGAAGAAGCGAGCAGAAUUUCGACACUUCUUACACUGGUGAGUCAAGCUUCUCU